GCUUUGGUUCAGACUGUAGAUUUUUUCACGCCGAUUGUUGACGAUCCAGAGGUAUAUGGUCAGAUAGCGGCGAUAAAUUCGCUAAAUGACAUUUAUGCAAUGGGUGGAACUCCGUUAACCGCACUUUCGAUUGUGUGCUAUCCGCAAACAGGCGAUUGGGACAUCCUAGGAAAGAUUUUACUCGGCGGGCAGAAAGCCAUGAAUAACGAAAAUGUCGUUGUUUUAGGGGGGCAUUCGGUCGAUGACCAAGAAAUUAAAUUCGGCUACUCUGUAACGGGAAUUGUUGAUAUAAAUAAAGUUACGCCAAAUUCUGGCGCACAGCCCGGAGAUGUUCUAGUGCUUACUAAGAGUAUUGGGACGGGAGUAAUCAGCACCGGAAUCAAAUUUGGAAAGGCAAGCCAAAGAUCCAUGGAUGCUUUAUUAAAGACCCUAACUACUUCAGCACAAGCCGCGUCGCAGGCAAUGCAGGAAACAGGAGUAAACAGCUGUACGGAUGUUACAGGGUUCGGGUUGCUCGGUCAUGCUUUUGAAAUGGCGAAAGCCAGUAAAGUAACAUUCAAGUUAAAAUCGGAAGAAAUUCCGAUUUUG